CCAUCCUCCGUUACCUAAAGGCUGAUGGGAGGAUACACCUGGUGGUCUUCAACAACAUCCAGGUAGCUGAUGGCAAGCGCCACAAGAUGAUCCUUCGACUGAGCAGUUUUCACCGAGGGUCCAGCUCGGUGGAGCUCUACUUAGACUGUAACCAGGUGGACACCAUCCAGGAUCUCCCCAGGGCAUUUUCUAGGCUCUUUCACAGUUCUGAGCCUGUUGAACUGAGGACAUUCCAGAGGAAAGCACAGGAUACUUUGGAAGAACUAAAACUGGUUGUGAGAGGUUCACUGUUCCAGGUUGCCAGCCUCCAAGAAUGCUUCCUCCAGCAAAGUGACCACGUGCCCUCCUCAAGCUCAGCAGGAGACAUAAAUUGGCAAGUCUUGGGUCAGAUGACGCAACUCAACAAAAUACUGGGAGAAGUAAAAGACCUCCUGAGACAGCAGGUAGAGUAUAAACCUUUGAGCAUGACCCAUUCCCAAUAG